AGAUUCUGUCCUGCCCUCUCUCUCCCCCCUCUAAGUUGAGGCCAACAAGAAAAGGGGAGGCUGUGACUGUGAGGAGCGGGUCAGGUAAUUGGGUUGUAGACUCUCCAGUAGAGUAGAGUACCCGUCCUGAUAUCCCAUGGACGAUGAUGUGGUGCAGCGGGUAUUCCAAGAAGGAGGUCGAGAUUACUAUCAACAGCCCUCCACUUCUUCGUCUUCUUCCUCUUCCAUCCUCCAAUCCCUCCCUCUUCAUGUGUCCUUCGAUCAUGGGUAUUACUUGUUGGUAAAAUCUAUUCAAGAACUACGAGAAAAGAAGGAAGGUCUUGUAACUGUUGGCAUUGGUGGUCCAAGUGGAUCUGGUAAAACAAGCUUAGCAGAGAAGGUUGCAUCUGUGAUUGGGUGUAAUUUUGUAUCGAUGGAGAACUAUCGCGUUGGGGUGGAUGAUGGGAACGAUUUGGAUUCCAUAGAUUUUGAUACUUUAGUUCAAAAUCUUCAGGAUCUGAUAAAUGGUAAAGAUACAAUGACCCCGGUGUUUGAUUUCCAAGAAAAGAGACGUGUUGGUUCUAAAGCAAUAAAGAGCUUUUCGUCUGGGGUGGUAAUAGUCGAUGGUACCUAUGCUCUUCAUGCAAGACUGAGGUCCUUGCUAGAUAUUCGUGUGGCAGUGGUUGGUGGCGUUCAUUUUAGUCUUCUAUCCAAAGUUCAAUAUGAUAUUGGAGAUUCUUGUUCGUUGGACUACCUUAUCGACAGUAUUUUCCCAUUGUUUAGAAAGCACAUCGAGCCGGACCUUCAUCAUGCUCAGAUCAGAAUUAAUAACAGCUUUGUUUCAUCAUUUAGAGAGCCAAUCUACAAGCUCAAAUGCAAAAGUGAGCAGUCGCCGAAUGGAGAUCCUUCAGCUAGUACUUUUCAUGGAAAAGAAGCGAUGAUGGAUAAUUUUAUUGAGAUGUACUUGAGGCCUCCUUCUGCUAGUGAAGAAGCACGUAUAAAUGAUUGGAUUAAGGUGCGGCAAUCUGGUAUCAGAUACUAUUUAUCACUAGGUGACCAGAGGAUUGUUGACAGACAUUACAUUAUCCGGCCCAAAGCUGAGUUUGAGGUUGGGCGGAUGACCCUAGGUGGGUUGCUUGCUUUGGGGUACAUUGUUGUAGUCAGUUAUAAACGGGCAUCUACGUCAGUUAGCAACGGCAAUGUUUCAGUGUCCCUGGAAACAAUUGAUUCUCUGGGCGAGACGUACAUGGUGCUGAGGGGCACAAAUCGGAAAACGGUUGGAGCAGAGGCCUCAAGGAUGGGUAUAUGUGGACCAUGGAUCACAAAAUCAUACCUUGAAAUGAUUCUCGAAACAAAAGGUGUACCACGCAUCAAUACGCCCCCACUUACGUCAAAUGCUUCUUCAACUAGUAAUCAAGAACAGUUGAUUGCUGCACCAAAGCCUCUUCGAAUUACUCCAAACCUUGUUAACCGGCUUGAGGAUUUAUCUCAGCCAUGGACUCGAUCCCCAACAAAAUCCAAAAUGGAACCAGUACUAGCAACUUGGAAUUUCAUCUCAUCAGAUCCUCCCCUCGCCGAGGGCUCUGUCAUUGAUCCUUCUUUCAGGGAUUCCCUGCACCUUGCUCCAAUGCCUGAUUCAUAUGACUUGGAUAGGGGAUUACUUCUUGCUGUUCAAGCAAUACAGGCUGUGUUGGAAAAUAAAGGUCUUCCAGUUAUUGUUGGAAUUGGAGGUCCAAGCGGAUCUGGAAAAACUAGUUUGGCUCGUAAAAUGGCAAAUAUUGUUGGUUGUGAAGUCAUUUCCCUUGAAAGUUAUUACAAAUCUGAGCAAGUGAAGGACUUUAAGUAUGAUGAGUUUAGCUCUCUUGAUCUACAGUUGCUUUCGAAGAAUAUUGAUGACAUAAGGAACUUCCGAAGAACAAAAGUUCCUAUAUUUGACCUGGAAACUGGCACAAGGAGUGGGUUCAAAGAACUUGAAGUUUCUGAAGAUUGUGGAGUGGUCAUUUUUGAAGGGGUUUAUGCUUUGCACCCUGAUAUCAGAAACUCACUGGAUUUGUGGAUUGCUGUUGUUGGAGGUGUUCAUUCACAUCUUAUUUCUCGCGUUCAAAGGGACAAAAGUAGAGUUGGGUGCUUUAUGUCCCAAAAUGAAGUCAUGACAACGGUGUUUCCAAUGUUCCAGCAGCACAUUGAACCGCAUCUUGUUCAUGCACAUCUCAAAAUUCGUAAUGACUUUGAUCCUGUGCUUUCCCCUGAGAGCUCAUUAUUUGUGUUGAAAAGUAACAAGCAAGUGGCAUAUCAAGAGAUUUUAAGAAUCCUUGAUCCUGCGAAGAUAUGCAGUUCUGUUCAGAAUUUUAUUGAUAUUUACUUUAGGCUUCCUGGUAUACCUGCUAAUGGCCAGUUAGCUGAGAGUGACUGCAUAAGAGUCAGAAUAUGCGAGGGAAGAUUUGCUUUGCUGAUACGAGAGGUUUGUGGUGUAUUUUAUUCUCGGAUUUUGUUUUCGUCUUACGAUAACUGGUGCACAUAUUCGGUUGAAAUGUGUUUGCAGCCCAUAAGAGAAGGAAAUUUCAUUAUUCAGCCGAAAGUGGAUUUUGAUAUCAGUAUUUGUACAGUUGCUGGCCUCCUUAACCUUGGGUAUAAAGCUGUGGCUUACAUUGAAGCAUCUGCAUAUAUCUACCAAGAUGGAAAGAUAUUGGUUGAGGUUGAUCAUAUACAAGAUGUCUCAAAUCCUUACCUACAAAUCAAAGGGGUUGACAAAGAGGCUGUGGCUGCUGCUGGUUCAACACUUAAGCUUGAUGAUUCUUACACUACUAAGAGCUACCUUCAAAUAAUUCAGGAAAGAUUACCAGUACUAGAAAGGAGUUCCAGUGGGAUUCAUACUCAGCAAGCUGCAAGACUGCAGGAACUUGUCCAAUUGAUACAAUCUCAGUGUAAUAUCGUCAUGGAGAAACAGGGAAGCAGUUCAGCUUCAGAGUCCUCACCAAGUAGGGAAGCUUCUCCAUUAGAUGGUGUAAUUGAAGAUAUGCAGUCAAGGAUCAAGAGGCUCGAACGGUGGCAUACAAUUAACACCGUGCUAUGGACAUUUUUUAUGUCUGCCUUUGUAGGUUAUUCCCUCUAUCAAAGAAAGCACAAAUGAUUCUUUCAUUUCGGUAAAUUUAUUCGAGAAAUGUAAUCGAUAUCCUAUUGGAACUAACUUCCUAUUGGAACUAACUUCGGUCAGACUAGUUAGUGGAAGUACCCAGGCUAACGAAUCCGAGCUUUUAUUGUCUCGCUUGGGAACUGAUGGACAUCAAAUCAAGUUCAUAUUUUUUACAAUCUCAAUACCUUUUUAUUUUGAAGGAAAUAUUCGAAAUAAAAAGGUAUUUACCCCCUCAAUGUAGUCCCUGCUGGUUUUCUUUGGCAGAUAUACCCCCUCAAUGUAAAUACCUUUUAUUUCAGAUGAAAUGAGAAGUGAAUUUGAGUCUUAA